AUGAUACCUCAUUCUUCUGCCGGCGUCCAAUCGUGGGGUCAUCCCCUGCGCGCCGUCAACAGCGGCUCUGGACAUGUUGAUGCUUCUCAAGCCGUGAGGCCGUCCGACCCUCAGUUCGAAAAGCUACCAACACCUGUGCCGCAGCCGCAACCCAGACAGCCGGCAGUCAUCGACCUUACAACGAGUGGUGGUGAUGCACAAGAGGUGGAACCUCCGCCAAAAAGACUUCGGCUGGAUUUACCUGUAGCACCCUCUGCCCAAGUUGCGAGUCCUGCGCCGGGGAGCGGUGGAGAGCUGAGAAGCACACCAGGAACGGGUGGCUCCAAGCCUCCCUCACUUUCUUGGCGCAAUCGGCCGGUAUGGUCCUUCCAGGCCAUGCUAUCCGAGGUGCCGGGGAGCAAUGUGAUGAAUGAGGAAACAGCUGUCGCGCAGGGUGGGAAACCCGCAUCGCCACCUUCUUUGCCGGUUUUGCCUUGGAAGUAUGUUCCAGAGUCGCUGGGAAGUAAUCCCGCAACGUCACGAGCUAGUUCACCCGUGAAGGAGGUGCAGACGAUCCCCUAUCGUAUUGAGACUCCUUCCGUUGCGCCUGUACUUAAAGGAGAGAAAGUUGCGGAUUUCUCUCCAUGGACUGGGAACCACCCGGAAGAUGUUUUAAACGAACAAACAGCAAAGCAGGGACACUACGACCGUACUCAAGUAUCCCAGAACGAGUCAAAUACCGCACGACCCUCGUUAUAUGCACAAUUGAAGCACCGUUCCGGUCUGCAGAUGCUCUCUUCCGUUUUUGCCGCGGCUCUAGAAAAGAGACAAAGCCAUAGCAUGGUGAAUGCGCCGUCGACCUUUAAGCCACCUCCACGAGUAACCCUAACGGAUAAUAAACGUGAGGCCUGGCUCCGUGACCUAGCUAACCCGUCUGUCCCGCUGCGCAAGUUGAGCCGAACGAUUCCUCAUGGUAUCCGGGGAAAGUCCCUCUUGGACCAAUGCUUAAACAAAGGUAUCCCAGUCAGCCGAGCCGUGUGGCUUGCAAAGUGUGUCGGUGCCAAUGAGAUCCGUGCGUUCAAGAGGAAAGGAACGAGUGGUACAUUAGCGCUGGGCUUGGAAGCAAAAUGGGUCCGUGACUGGACAGCAACUGUUCAGCAGUUCUUAGAAGGAGUACUAGGUGCUUGCGGCUCUGCGCAAUGGAAAAUGAAGAUGACAUAUGCGGUGAGCUUGACUGCUCGCUUGUUCUUUGAACGUCUGCUCGACCACGACCAAUAUCUUGGAUGGUUCUUGUCCUCUCUAGAAGCCGCGCCGGUCAAUACAGUCCCUGUUUGGCUGCUGAUGCUUGGCAUCUAUUGGGACAAUAUCAUGCGAUAUCGGAAGCGUGGGCGGCGGUUAGCCGAAUUGCUGCUUGUGAAGUUGCGCCAGGUCACCCAGCCGGAAAAGGUUGGUCAACUACAGCCCCUCGUAGAUCGAUUAUCUCUUUAUGUCAGGAGACUUGUUCUGGAACAUACCUCAUCUAUGGUUCUUCCAGGUUCAUGGGAAAACCACAAGGAGCUUAUAUCUUCCUGCUUGAACUUGAAUGAUAAUAUCCAUAAAACGAUUUACCAGAAUCUCUCCGAACGCAAUUCGCGGUUGCAGCUACCUAAGAACUACCGAGAUACAGCUGAACGGUCACCACAACAGCGUGUCAUUCAGCUGUUCGACUCCAUCCGCUCCGCGCAUGACAUCUCUUCCGCCUCGGCUACAUGCCUGAAAACGAUAGAGGAUAAGGCUGUUCUCAUUUCCAAACUCCUCGAGUGGACGGCUACACCGUUCCGUUAUGGUCUUUGCCGUGUAUAUACUGGCGUCCGUCUUCUGCGCAAGUGGAAGAUGUCUGGGAUCGAUGUUGACUCAUAUAUCCUUUCUUUCCUCACUGAUGUUCGUGUGACCAGCGCACUAAACAUGGAACAUAUCUACCAUAUCAUUUCAGAGCUAGUCAGGUCUCAGACAUUCUCUGUAGGUAGGUACCUGCAAUGGCUGAUGGCGAAAGGUGUCACAAACACCACCCAGCCCGUAUCGAGUGACUACUGUCUCCUAAAGCAACUGCCGGCCAAUCGCCUCCCAGAGCAUGUGCGAAACCUUCGUAAUACGCUCCUUUACCGGGCUGGGAUCACGGUGAUGGAGGAGGACUCUGCCAUUGCAGAGCUCAAGAUAUCAAUUGCUCAACGACUGCCCAAUAUCUUCGGCGCUGAGAUGGACAGUGCAAUGCCCACCGAAUCAUCAGAGCCCAAUCCCACUUGGGCUGUCAAAUCCGAAAUCGGACAGUGGAUUCGCCGCGGAGUUGCUGAGCAUUGCCGCGACUCACCGAGGUAUGCUUCUCUACUCUCUAGGUGUACUACUCCGGCUAACAGCUACAGGAAACUCUCUGGGGUCUCCGUGGCGGUGGACCUAGGUGUAUCCGCCCUUACUCCCGACGAGUUCUACAGUGUCAGGGAGAUCUUGGAAACUUUUGGUGAUCUCUCGAUGCUGGCAGACAUACUAAAGCAUGCUACUCAUUGUGAUGACGAUGUUGUCCUGGCUUCGGUUGCUGAUACGGUCAAUUUCCAUUUUGACUGCUUCUCUGUAAUUGGCGCUACGUCUGAUCUCUUCAGGGGCCUCGUUGAGUCAUAUGCUCGUCUUAAGAAACUGGGAAAUGCAAGUUUGGACUUGUUGUUUUCACUCAUCGAGUUAGGGCUCCGAAUACCCAGUGAAUUCAACACCGUUGCUCUCUUGCGUCAGGAUCUUACUCGCUUAGAGAGCAAGUCAGCUUUGGCAGCGCCGUCCCCGCUUUCGGAUAGUAUUCCCUUAGCACUCAGUGAUGUCGAUCCUUCUUUUCAAGAAAAGUUAAACCAGCUUCUCUCGUCUGGGGGUGGCAUGGAUGAGUCCACGAUGGACACGGUCUUCUAUUCGCUUAUACAUAUACUAGAAAGUAGUGGCAGUCCCGCGAAACUGUCAGCAAAUGAAACCGCUAGGUAUCUUGCGUAUUUGCGGCCGUUCCAACCGAAGCAUUUCGAUACAAUGCUGAUUCGUUGGAUAUGUGGGCUUCUGAAGUCCUCUACCCCGUCGAUGUCUCGAAUUCUCCCUCCUCUCAUCGGAGUUGGUUGCGUCACCAUACAUGCGUUUGUGUUUUUGGUGAAAAAGCUUUUGCAGUCGGAAAAGGUGGCUGCUGCAAUUCCCAACCUGGCUGGAUUGCGGGUGGACCUGCUUCAGCUUCUUAUUCCUCUAGUAUCAGGAAAGAGUAAAUAUGCUGACUUGGUUACAUACCGUUUCUAUGUUGCACAACAAGAGUUUUUUCUGAAGCACCCUCAGGAGACCCUCGAUAUAAUCUGCGAUGCAGUUGCGUUGGUUGAUUCAGAGUCCGGACUUUGUUCAGGACAGCCCGAUAUCUCAAGUUGUGCGAUAGACUUGCUCAAUAUCCUUCUUACACAAAAUCCUGAAGUUACGGUCCAAUACUGUCUACAAGGCUUUAUUGGAAAACAUUCAACGUCAACAGCCGUCCUGCAAAGGGCUCUGGAUAACCUCUUGGGCUUUGAUUCACUCGCUGGUCCAUGUACAAUGUCCGAGGCAGAAAGGGUCGUCCGCAUGACUGAUGAUUUCUCCCUUCCGUUUUGCCAAUUGAAACUCCAAAUGCUUUUCAAUGCAGAAUCUAGCCGUACUGUGGGUAACGGUAUCGUUGACGUGAUGUUCAAGGCCGCUGUGGAAGAUACACGCUCAAAAGGAUCAAAUUGGGUUGGUUUCGUGGGCCUCAUGAGCCAAGAUGUAAUAAGACAGCGAGCCGAAAGAGCUCUCUUUUCUAUCCCAUUAUUCGAAGAACAUCUUGAAGCCCAUGGACCUUCGGGCACAGCCAAGUCCCUGGAGACAGCAAAACUGUACCUGACAAUAAUCGAGAAGCUUGCUUACAGUGUUCCCGAAGCUGGUGUCCAGUCUGUGGCUCCCGUUCUCGUCGAGAAAAUGGAUCUACUUCUCCACAGGCUUGUUAUCAUGCAAACUAACUUCAACAACGUCACCGCGAAUCGACACGGCGCGGCUACAACUCAGAUUCUUCAGUCUCGCUCAAACUUCGAGAGGGCUCUCGCUUUCUGGUUCUCUGCUUUUCUAAGAAUGAUUGUGAUUCACCGUUCUGCGUUCACUGCGCCAUCCCCAGCGCCUAAGCUCAACGGCCUGCAGGAACAGUCUCGUUUGCUGACCUCGACUCUUUGCAUAUCCCUUGCACGCCUUCCAGACAGUGUAAUACGCCUUUUCCCGGCGGCUGACUAUUUCCCUCACCCAAUACCGUCUCAGGGCUACCGUCCUUGUCCCGGAAUUCUGCUUCAGACUCAUGCGUUAGACGUCGCUGCCUCCCUGAUCGACACGUUCCCAGAUGAGGCUCGGCAACAUUGCGCCCGUUUCCUCAAAGAGAGGUGUCCACCCUUUCUUCAGUAUCAAAAUGACUCUAGAUUUAUUUACCUUCUCGGUCCGAUGAGCGAUGCAGCAGCACUGAAUAGCUUGCAGGCUGCUUCUCUUCCAUCACCUGCCGCCGGUGGUUCUACUCCAACUCCAACACCGCCUGCCAUAACUCCUGCAGGUACCUCUGCUAGUCUUUCGGAAGGCAUUAAUUGCGUUGCUAGCCAUCUUCGCCUCCAAUAUCGGGGUCGUGUUAUGGGACCCUACCCGGUACGCCCUUGGGAGCUACUUGAAGAUGCCGCACCAAUCGUAGGGGUGAAUGAUACCGCUGUGAACCUCAAAUAUUUCGACGCCAGACGAGUUCGGGCUUAG